AUUUAUUACGAUUUUUUGCGCAAAAUCAAUUUCGCUCCCCGCCUUAACGCUCAGUGGGGAUCAGCUGGAGACAGUAAAAUCGAAACAUAAACAAAACCUAGUUGUCUCCUGUCUGUCGUCGAGUAGUUUCAUUAGUUUAAUAAUAAAAUAGGAUUACAUCAUUUAUGCGCUGCUGAAGUAACUGCUAAUAGAAGGAGUACAAUGUCCAGCACCAUGAUUCGACUGGCAAGCCUGGAUAUGCUGAGGAGUUUGUAUGACUUUAAGGCAACCUAUGCGAAGACACUGAGCUUCAAAGCCAACGAUUAUUUCAUCUUGCAUCAGACCACGACUAAGCAUAAGAACUGGUGGGAAGUGAUCAACGAGAGAGGAGAGAUGGGUUUCAUACCUUCCAACUAUGUGGAAACACUCACAGUGUCCCCAUCCUUUUAUUUGCAGUACAUGGAGAAUGUGAUAGAGUAUGUGAGGAGGAACGAGAUUUCCCCUGAAUACUUGUUCUCCGAUAAGAAGGAGCUGCUGCUCAGGUUGAAGGAAUUGAAAAGGAAUGUUGAGUACAGCAAUCCGGAGUCUGAUAACAUGCCUUCAUUGCUUUACAAGAAUUCCGAGGGCCAAUUGGAAUCGAUUGUUAAGAGCAAUUCAACUGCUACAUUUCAGAAUAGUAACAGCAAGGUGGAGGGUAAGAAGGAUAUUGUUGAGGAGCCGAUAAGGCCUGUGAGGACGACCAAAGAGAACGUGAAGAAAAGUAUUGAGAAUUUGCAUAAUGAGGAAAAGGAGAGUAGGAGGAAAAAGUCUGAUGGUAAUGUGCAGGAAUUGAGCGGCAGCAGUCCGGUGAUUAGUUCGCAGGUCGUUUAUGAUUUGGUUGAGAACGUGAGGAUCAACACGCAGCUGUCGCAUGAGAUGUCGAGGGUGGCUGUUGCUACCGUGAUCCAGGGAUUGCACGAGCUUCUUCCAGCCUCGGUGUUCCCUUAUUUGAGCACCAUUCUGUCGCAUACGCAAGAGAAUUUGGCGGUGGACGAUGUGCAGAUUGAGCAGACGCACGACGCUAGUCGCUUGAAGAUCAUCUUCCACGAGUUGACCUUUUGCAAGGAGGAUUCGCAGCAGCGCAGCUGGAUGCUUCACGAGGACGAGGACACAAUCAAGGACUACAUUUCUGAGCUUAUUUCAAUUUUGUCGAAUGCGGAUGUGAGUAUUUGCAAGCACGUAAUCUCCGCGGACCAUUACCAUGUCAUCACCACCUUGAUCCAAUAUUACCAAAUGGAGAUCAGGUGGUCCAUCAGGCAACUUCUUCUUCAGGCCUUCGGAUGCAUGUGCGGCCUCGAUAAAACCAUCCUCAACAUCAUGCUGAAUUCGGUUUUACCCGGAGAAUUGGCUAGAGACAUGAUGGCUAAUCCCACUAAUAUCCAAAAAUUAAACUAUUCUUCCCUUCUGCUAACCAUGAUGUUCUCGAUGGGCGAGCAAAUGCCCAUAACGCAUUUAGAAUUCCUUGGAGUGCAUUUCUUGCGCUUCAUCCUGAACAACAUCGAGAAUCCGCCGAGGGAUGACAUCGAGGACGAAAUACAGGAUCUGUUUCUCAACUUGGUCAUUUCGUUUAAUUUGCAGUUCAAAACGAACGAACCGCAUGACAACGUCGUCCUCAGAGCGUUAUCGGAAAGGGAUGUUGCUAAGAUCUUCACUGAGAAAAUUCUAUUGCUUUUCAACAGAGAAGAGGAUCCAGUAAGGAUAUUUGAUCAUGAACCUGCACCUCCUCAUUCCGUUGUGAAGUUGUUCAUCGAUCUAUUUGGAAAUCAGACGACGGCAGGUCUCUUCUACACGAACGAUAUUAAAGUUUUAAUAGACAUCACCGUGAGGAACAUCUUGGAUUUAUCUGCUGGAGAUAAGGUGAGACUUUCAUAGAAAUUAUAUUGUUU